CAGCUCUCGCGAGAUUUCCCUGAGUCUCACCGCACGCGCAGCCUGGAGCGUCUAUGGAGCAGUGAGAGCGAGCGAGAGACGUAGCAACCGAACCUGGCGCGUGCACUGUAGCGGGAGACGCGGGGUGAGAGAGGGAACCGUGUCUGUGACGUCAGGAGCUGUCCUGAAAAUCGUCAACUCGCUAACUCGCUGUGUUGGCGUGCCAGACGCUGAGAGUCGGAGGCAAGGAACUACCGCAGCCUUUUCGCGGUUAGUACCAUCAUACAAUCCCCUUUCGAGACAACACUUUAGUAGUGACCACUUGAGAGCGUUCUCUCUCUGUAGGCGUGGUUCUCCGACUAUUCCGUCCAUCCAUGCUCCAUUCGAGCUUUUAAGGAGGACGCGCACAUACUCAGGGAAGCUGCGAGGCGAGGGAAGCCCAUUGGUCUCCCUACCAACGCCAGGCUGAGUCACUGUCGAGGAGUGGGAAGAUCUAGAGAGGAAGAGAGAGACAGCACCACGGAGAGAGAAAAGCAACGGAAGGAGGGAAAAACUGCUAUACUGUGAGGCAGCCAACGAGUAAAACAACAGUGAGAGAGCAGUGAGGGAGGGAGAGAGAGACUCUGAGGCUGGGAGAGCUGACCCCCCCCCCCAUCCUCUCCUCUCCUCUCCCCCCCCCCUUUACUCCUUCAGGAGCUGGUGCGUACGAGCGGCGAGUGCAGUGUGACUGAGCCAACAUGAGCGAUGUCACCAUCGUUAAAGAAGGCUGGGUGCAGAAGAGGGGUGAAUAUAUUAAGAAUUGGAGACCUCGCUACUUCCUCCUGAAAACUGAUGGAUCAUUUAUCGGAUACAAGGAGAAGCCACAAGAUGCAGAUCUACCCUACCCUCUCAAUAACUUCUCGGUUGCAAAAUGCCAGUUGAUGAAAACAGAACGACCAAAGCCGAACACUUUUAUUAUUAGAUGUCUACAGUGGACUACAGUCAUAGAGAGGACCUUCCAUGUGGACACGCCAGAAGAGAGGGAUGAGUGGGCAGAGGCGAUCCAGAUGGUGGCAGACAAACUCCAAAGACAGGAAGAGGAACGUAUCCAGUGUAGUCCCACCUCACAGAUAGACAACAUGGGAGAGGAGGAGAUGGACACAUCUAUCAGUCACCACAAACGCAAGACAAUGAACGACUUUGACUACUUAAAAUUACUGGGAAAAGGCACUUUUGGUAAAGUCAUUCUUGUAAGGGAGAAGGCCAGCGGGAAAUAUUAUGCAAUGAAAAUUUUAAAGAAAGAGGUUAUUAUAGCAAAGGAUGAAGUGGCCCACACGCUCACAGAGAGCCGAGUACUGAAAAACACAAGACACCCGUUUUUAACCUCUUUGAAGUAUUCAUUCCAAACAAAAGACCGCCUGUGCUUUGUGAUGGAAUAUGUCAAUGGAGGAGAGCUGUUUUUCCAUUUGUCGAGAGAACGGGUGUUCUCGGAGGACCGCACACGCUUCUACGGCGCCGAGAUCGUUUCCGCCCUCGACUACCUGCACUCUGCCAAGAUAGUGUACCGGGAUCUCAAGCUGGAGAACUUAAUGCUUGAUAAAGAUGGUCACAUCAAAAUUACAGACUUUGGCCUCUGCAAGGAAGGAAUCACUGAUGCUGCUACCAUGAAGACCUUCUGUGGGACACCAGAGUAUCUGGCACCAGAGGUGCUGGAGGACAAUGAUUACGGACGUGCGGUGGACUGGUGGGGUCUGGGUGUGGUCAUGUAUGAGAUGAUGUGUGGCCGACUGCCUUUUUACAAUCAGGACCAUGAGAAGCUCUUUGAGCUCAUCCUAAUGGAGGACAUCAAGUUCCCCAGGACGCUCUCUGCUGACGCCAAAUCCCUGCUUUCAGGCCUGCUCAUCAAAGAUCCGAACAAGAGACUUGGUGGCGGUCCGGAUGACGCUAAGGAAAUUAUGCGACAUAGUUUCUUUACUGGAAUCGACUGGCAGGAUGUCUAUGAUAAAAAGCUGAUACCUCCUUUCAAGCCUCAGGUGUCGUCAGAGACAGAUACCAGAUAUUUUGAUGAAGAGUUCACAGCUCAGACGAUAACAAUAACCCCUCCUGAAAAAUUUGAUGAAGAUGGGAUGGACUGCAUGGACAACGAGCGACGGCCACACUUUCCCCAGUUCUCCUACUCGGCCAGUGGGAGAGAGUGAACGCCAUGCAGCCGACACUGCCUCAAUCAUCAAGGUGUUACCACUGGAACAAAUUAGGUCUUCAGCUUCUAACAACCCCAGCCAUUUUGACCUUCCAUGUACUAUCUUGGUUCUUUCAUUUGUUUAGAUACACCAAGGGAAACCGUUCUGUUGUAGAGUAAUGGUAAUUUGCACUUUGGGACGGACCGAGGUCCAACCCAUUCAAACGUCCUCGCAGCUCCAGCCUAAAGGUUGGGUUCUGAUGAGAGAACUUUUGUUGUUUGUUAGGAGUUUAUUUUGUUUUGUUUUUUUUUUUGUCUUUUUGUGUCUCUCUUUGAGAUUGAGAUGUUGCUUCACAUUCCUUAUACAUUGGGAACUGGUAUCAAGAUGUUCAUCAGAACCUUUUUUCAGUCACUUCAGAUGAUAAAAUAUAACUGCAUAGCUUAAAAUUCACAUUGGUUUUAUGAUUACAUCUCUCGGUACACUUUACAAUAAUCGAAGCGGAACAAUGACUACUACAUAAAAUCUCUCCUAUCUCAGCUGCUUUUGUUGGUACUGUUUUUAAGGUUCGCUUUCUGUUGUAUAAAGUCAGAACUGCCAUAUACAGUUUACUCAGGCUUCACAGAGAACGUCUGUGUUUGACUCGGUCAUAAGGACUAGCUCUACCCACACACUCCUCAAUCAUUCCACAACUCAGUAUUCCUCAGUAUAAAGACCUGUGAACCUGAGCUAUGCAGCAUUAAAACACCACUAACAAUUACAUACAUUAUUUAUAAAUGUUAUGUUCUCUAAUUUGAGAAUGUACUGUCUGCUUUUUCUUUCAAAUGUUUGUAUCCAUGUGAAAGGCUUUAUUUCUGACAUAUCAUUCUCUAAGAAGCAGUUUUCUGCCAUUACAUUGGAAAUGUAAUGGCACAUUUGGCUCAUUUGGAAUACUUUAUGCAGCGUUACUGGGCAAUGAUACAAUAUUCACAGUUUAAGGGAAGCACUCCUAAUACGCACCGAUGUUCAGAUUCUUCUUUCACAACAAACCUAAUUUCCGAAAAGCCAAAUCUGCUUUAAAAUAAUUUGUAAGAAACCCCUUCCACCCAUUGCUCAAUAGUGCAAUCGCAAAGUGGAAAAAGAAAAUGAAAAAGCCAGCAAUAAUGGAGCGAAUGGCAGGGGAAGCACUAUUAUGUUGUUUUAUAAUAAGAAAAAAUGUGACUUAAAACAUUUAAUUUAUUUGUUCUUUUGUUUGUCCUUGCGUUCAUUAAGAAUGCUUUCUAAGUCUCCUUUUUGCGGAAAUGAUAAAAAUGCACCUAAAAGGCUUACGAAUGUAGAUGGGUCAAUGCAAAAGCCUUAGUUUGUUUUUGUUUUGAUAAAAUUGACCAGCUUUCUUUUAUGCUAGUGUAGUAUUGUUCUCUUUUCCCUACAAAGGAGUUUCAUAACCCUCCUCAACAUUGUAAGCAGUCUGAGUAUUGUUGAAAUAUUUUGGUCGUCUUUCCAACAAUGAAAGGGCUGUAAAAAAAAAAAAAAAAAAAAAAAAUGACACUCCCAGCAACAAACUAAAUGAAUACCUACAGCUGUCAUCUGGCAAUAGGCUACUGUAUGUUCAAGACUGUAACAUUAGCAUGGCAGUGAGCAAGCCACACUCACUAUUGUGCUUUGCUUUAUGGCAUAUCAUUUGAUUUCAUGACAACAUUGGAACAGAAUGCCACACAUUCUUGCUGUUGCUUCAAGAGGCAGGACUGUAAACACAGUGAAUGAGAUGUCAAUGUUAAAAUUUUGCGUUUGCGACUGUUACAUGCUGUUUCCCAAUACUUUCUAAUGCUUCGCUUCAUCUAACAUGUGAAAUAUAUGUUCACAUUCCUUUCUACAACACUAUAUUUGUCCGCAAAUCAAAUAUAUCCAGGUGGUGGCAUCACAGAUCAGUAUACCAAUCAGAUAUUAGCAUAAAAAAAUCCUUAGAUAAACAUUUAAAUACUAGGAUAUCUAUUUGAAUUAUGAGCGGCAAAUGUUUUUGAUCGCAGACUGAGGAUUUAACACCAUUUGAUGAUGCUUGAUGAAAAUAGUGAAAAUAGAGGGAGGCAAUGUAAUAUAUGGAUAUAGAGGAUUCCAAUUCAGUAAUAAUUCUAUAUAUGCAGAACAUUUCUUGAUCUCUCAAUAGUAUUUGGCAAUAAAACUUAUGUUUGUUUCCUGAGUGCAGAGAUGGUUCUUGUGCAUGUUGCUAUUGCUUUUGGUUUGAGUACCUGUUAAAGUCCAGGCUGUGUGUACUGGUGGCUAUAUUUUUUUUUCUCGCACUGGUCUCUAGUGAUUUGGGCAGGAAUGGCAAAAACUACUUCAAUUUAUAUUUGGCAUUACACAAGGAAGUUUAGCCAAGAUUGAAAGCUCCAUUAUAGGGUUAGUGUGAGCACAUUUAUAUUGAGCUGGGAUGAUAAUGACGAAGGGAUAUAAUGAAAGAGGAAGGAGUGUUUGGUUAAAUUAUCUGGAUGGUGUUUGAGAUUUAAACGUGUAUAUAUGAAAUGGAAGUGUUGGAUUUCGUUCUGUAGUUCAUCUGUAGUCAGUUACAGUGGGACAACUGGUUUCUUGCAUGUUUGUUAAGGACUGUUGUGGAUCUGAUUAUGGUUGGUUAAAGAAUGAUUCAGAAAGUUUCUUUUAAUAUCCCUUUUGCUGAACGCCCGGAUAUAAUUUAGCUUUCCACCAAAAACCCUAAUGCCUGCAUUGAUUGUCAGAAUUGUGAACUGUCUACAAGUGUAAUGUGAGAUGCCGUAGCAUGGUACUGUUACUCUAUUGCCAGAUUUAUUCAGUCCCCAAAAUAGUCCAGCUUAAGGAUGUUCCUGCAUUCAAACUGUGAUGUCUCACCCAAUAAUGUUCUCUGACUACACGGUGGUACUGCAAGCAGAUUAGCUGUUUAUGUCAUGCUCUGUCUUCCACCAUGUACACAUUUUCCUUUAGAUCAUUCUUUAUCCAUUCCAUUGCUUCUUUUUUUUUUUUUUUUUUUACGAGAAAGUUAAUGCAACUUCCUGAUUUUAUUUAAUAGGCGUAUACUGCUGAAUGUGUUAUUUUUAAAUGCUGUUCAAUUCAAUUUGUUUUUUUUUUUAUUUAUUUAUUAGUGAAUAACUUGAAUAUUUGUCAACUUUUUUGUUUCGAUCUUAUUUUACAUCUGGUUAGGUAACUUUGAAAUUAGGAAUACGUGGACUUUUUUUUUUUUUUUUUUUUGUGAUUGUAUGGACACAUUGGGUUCAUCCAUUUCAUUAACUUAAAUAUGCACAAAUGAGUCCUGAGCUUUUCCUCAAAACACUGAGAGGCAGAGAAAUGUUCAUAGGGAUGGUACCUUGCAUGUUAAAGACUAUUAUUUGUAAUACAGAAUACCUUAUUUAAAUGGAAGAAAGGGCCUUUGGCUUUGGCCAAAUCAAUCAUACACUUUUGUAAUUCCAUAUUUUAACACUCGGCUUUGUAUCUGCCUGUAGUAGCACUUUCAUACCCAUUGCCCUUUUAUAUAGCUCAGCAAAAAGAAAACAGGUCCCUGCUUUAGAAAAAAAAUGAAUAAAGAAAAUAUUUGAAAGCACAGAUUUGCCCUUCAUGGACCUCAUGCUAUUUUAAGUAAUUUUGGUAUGUUAAGGUGUGGGUGUAGACCAGGAGGCAAAACCUGGCAACACAGUGACUAACUUUUCCCAAAUGCUCUUGUAUUGUAGAAAAGCUGAGCUGUACCAGUGUCACCACUUCAAAAGUUUUAAAGGGAAAAUUUCACAUGGGGUGGGGGGGAUACUGAACUAGUGUGAGGAUGGGACUCAUCCCUCCUAAAUGCACACUGCUGCUACUGUUUGUGCUGUCUACAACAGAAUUUCUCUAUAUCGCGCUCCUUUUAGUGUAUUAUGAAUGAGCAUGAAUUGCAAAGUAUUUAUUUAAAAACAAAAAAGACAAAUCUUAAAAAAAAAAAAAACAUUAAUUUUAUGUCCAUGUAGCUUUAGAGUUUGUGACAUUUCUUGACCUUGCUAGCUCUGUCAUUAGAUCCAUUUUAAGGACUAGUCAUGUGGUUAAGAAUUUUACACAGAAGGGAUUAACACAGAAAACAAACAAAAAAGAACAAAUGUAUUAUGGUCCAUAAUAUAAAAUGUAAAAAGAGGUUAUUUCCUUGACCACACGGCCCACAAGGAGGCGAAAAGCUGAUCUGCAAGAAAACUGUUUUUGUACACUGUACAUCCUAGUAUUUUUACACGUAAAUGUAUAUGAUAGGGAUGCACAUUAUUUUCCUUCUUACAGACUGCUUAAAUAAAGCACUAUGUCAAUCUGC